CAAUACUUUAUUUAUUUAAAAUAUUAUGUCUAAUUACAGUUUGAUGUUUAAGUACAUAAUUAUAGGAGAUACAGGUUAUUAAAUAAAAUAUAGUAGGUGUUGGAAAGUCCUGUAUAGUUUUGUAAUUGAUCGAAAAUUAAAUCAGAUAAGAACAUGAUGCAACAAUUGGGGUUGAAUUUGGAGCAAAAAUAAUAAAAGUUAACAGUAUGAAUAUCAAGCUUUAAAUAUGGGACACAGCAGGAUAAGAAAAUUUUAGAUCGAUUAUUCGAAGCUAUUAUAGAUCAGCAAUCGGUAUAUUUAGUGUGUAUAGUGAAGGAGCUUUACUUGUAUAUGAUAUAACAAAGAGAGAUUCGUUCCAUAAUUUAUAGAGAUGGAUGGAAGAAAUAAAAAAUAAUGGGAAUGCAAAUAUGGUGAUUACAUUAUGUGGGAAUAAAGUAGAUUUAGAAUCUGAGUAAUAAUUCCUUAUUUUAUUUAGAGACGAGCAGUAACAUAUGAAGAAGGAUGGUAGUUUGCACAAUAGCAUCAAUUAAUAUUUCUAGAAACAUCAGCAAAAUAAGGAAUAAAUAUUCAAUCAGCAUUUUAUUAAUCUACAUAAAGAAUAUUAAAUCAAAUUGAUGAUGGUUCAAUAGUUCUUGGAUAAGACGUAAAAAUCAUUUUUAUAUAAUAGCCAGGGAUCAAAAUAGGUGGAUAAUAUAAAAAAAAGGAAAAGGAUAUAAAAGUGAUCAAUCAUUAUGAAGAAGCAGUAUAAUUAAAGCCUGUUGAAACACCAAAUGGCCACAAUAACUGUUGUUGA